UUCACGAUCGUCGUCGUCAAGCCAGUCUCUGUAGUCGUCGUCGUCGGCCCUGUCCUCUUCGUCUCUGUCCUCGGCGUCAAGCUUCUAUCUUCGAGCCCUCUCUCUCUCUGUCCGAGCUCACUUCCCUUCCUCCCUCGCCGCCGGCCGAGACUAAUUCGAGAGCUGCGAGUAACGAACGAUGGCAGAGAACAGCAGAGAAACCCGAAGACGAAGAAGGAUCCUCGAUCAAGGAUCCGACCGCCUCGCCUUCAUUACGGGUCGGAUCCAAACCCUCCCAACUCAGCCACAACCCGAUUCUUCAUCUCGUUCCGGUCAUCCAACCACUACCUUUACUACCACAACUUUGCCUUAUGACGAGGCAGAGAAGAAAUCAGAUUCUAUUAUGUUAAAUCACAAUUCGGUUGUUGUUCCUUCACACGAAGCCGAUGCAAGUGUCAGUGGAAGCCAAACACCAUUGCAUGAACACGAGCCCAAAAGUGCAAUUUCAGGUGUCCCUACAUCUCAAGAUGAGCAUGUUCAGCCAUCUCAAGAUUUGCCUCCUGAUAUCAUAGACACCGAGCAACUGUCACGACAAAUGCCACAGAUGGGAGAAUCUAAACUUCGGAUCACCCCAAGUGAAAUAAGUUCUGCCAUUGAUGCCUCAAGGUUUACCCGCCUUCUUUGUUCUGUCGUUGUGGCUGUACUUGUAGUUGCUUCUUAUCUAGGAUUUUCUCUGAUGAGUAGCAAGUUGAUUAAGAGUAUAACAAGCUUUAGGCCACUGUACUUAGUUUUGGUAACUGAUUUGUCGAUUGUGGCUGCACGUGUUCUUUCUGGCAAGCAAAGAGGUUUCCGAAGGUCUAACGGGAGAGAGUAUAGAACUCCUUCUGAUGGAGAUCAAUACGCACAGCUAGCUAGGACAUUGGAAUUAGGCUUGGUUAUGAAGAACGCUAUGGAUGCUGUGUUCAUUGAUUGUGCUGUUUAUGCAAUCAUUGUCGUAUGCGGCAUUUCUCUUUUCCAAACAUAACAAUGAAUUCUUUUAUUUGCUUGAAACUUGUUUUUGUGCUUUGUUAAGUGACUUUUGUAUUGUGUGCAUUAUGAUUAAGCAAGAAUGAUUAGUUCACCAAUUUCCCUCA